CUUGCACGUUUUGAAAUUAUGCGACGUGUUUGUACACAUUUUGUCCCCAAUGCAGUGCUGGAAGCGCGACAGUUGAAAUGUGGCGGUGGGCUGCCGACGCCCGCGUGCGGCUUGCUGGGCGCACUCAAGUAGUCGCGCUUCGGCAUCGUGGAUUUAUGUCCCUUGGUGAUUUUAGCUAUGACAUUCCUCGUUAGGCGUUUUACUGUCGGCCCGACGAAGCAACGAUCACAGACACAGAUAGUACGCGCAGCGCAAGCAUCGCGUGGAGUUUGCGCUACUUCAUCUACCGCAACUGUUUUCACGGUCGCCGCGAGUGAGCUCAGGUUUGAGAAUUUCCCUACGUGUUACCGGCGUAGCAUGGACGCGCGUUAUUUAUAGUUCUUUUUUACGCACACAAUCACACUUUCCAAGAGUGGUGUUUUUCUGGGCGCGCAACGGAGACGUUGCGCAACCGACCUUAUCUCGAACCCGAAGCAGCGGCAGUAGCCGCGCCUCGAAAUGUUUACAGCGCCCCGGUUUGUUCAAGGCCGAGCGGCGAUAUCGUUUGGCGACCACAAAUCGUCCGACACCUCGUGCUAACACCGGCGGAAGCGAAGUACUAUCUGUCCGCUGUAAUAGUGCUGCUGCUAAUAGUAGUAGCUGCUGUAAUAGUGCAACUAUACUUUUCAGCAUCCCAUUUCAUUUUUUCCUCCCCUUCCUUCGGCCGUGAUGUAGAGCUAGUCGCGAUGUGUAUUCGUACGCGUCGUUAUGUACUUACGUUUCCUCGGCUUCUCGUGUUGCAUACUACAAAUACCAACACCACCGCAAUUAACGUUAUCCCGUCGGCUGACGGCUCUUUGUCAUCCCUCUGUCACCAAGGGUGUUCGAAACGUAGACUGACGUCGGAAGUCGCCGGAGAUGACGCGCAAGCUACUAAAUAGAGUGCAAAGCAGCACGCAUUGAGGACACUGGUGACAGUAUCGUCAUUGAAAUAUAUUUCUCCAUGGUAUCGUGAUGCUGGGGGCUCUCACUGGGACCCGUCAAGGCACGGCAUCCGGAACGAGAGCCUCGGCGCAUAAACCCCGCGUUUCCGCGCGUCGCCCUCCAUCGCGGCGGCGGGCCGACACGAUGGGAGAGGGCGAAAAUCGCGCCUCGCACGGUUUCACCAAUGGGCGACGACAAUGAGCUGCCAGUCACGGCCCCGCCCCUGCACGCUGGCCACACCGCUUGGAAAGUUUCCCGCUGGCGGCAGUGGCGUUUGUUUGCAGGCGCGACUCGCUCGUGAGCCAUUUGGUCGGUGCGGCCUUAGUGUACGUUCGUCUAGUCAGCGAGCAACAGCCGUCGAGGCCGGUUGGAUGCGAGCGCUGUCGGCAUCGCGGAUGUGCGGAGGGAGCAUGCCGCAGCACCGCGAGAAUCGAGUCCGGCCCGCGGACGAGCACGCGGCGGCGCAGUACCACCACCCAGCAGCAAUGGAGGUGUGCUGCGUGCCGACGGGCUGUCACCUGCUGGGCGAGCCGAUUCGCGUGGACGACCUGAGCGACGCCGUCAGGGUGAUCUGCAACAACGAGCAGUGCCCGCAGAGUCCGUUCAUGCACCGCACCUGCUUCGAGGAGUGGGAGAGCUCGGUGCUGUCCUUCCUGCGCUCGACGGGACGCGCGCGCUCGUGGAGCGAGAAGCAGCGCCUGCAGAAUCUGUGGACCAAGAAAGGCUACGACUUGGCGUACAAGGCGUGUGGCUGCCGCUGCGGCAAGGGGCACCUGCGCAAGGACCUCGACUGGAUUCCUCCGGUGGCCGACCGGAAGAAGAAGCAGCGACGCAGAAAGGGAAAUGACAAGCCCACGCUGGCCCUGAACGGCGCCAAGCCGCCGAGCAGCGGAGGCCUGCCCGUGACGCGGCUACGCAGCUCGAGCAUGUCGAGCACCGGCUCCGGGGGCAGCCCGCCGAGCUCGUCGUCCGAGUUCCCGCCGUCGCCGACGCACGCCAAGCGCGGCCUAGCCGACCGCGAGGGCUCUGGCCUGUUCUCGCGUCGCCAAGACUACUCGUCCUUCAACACGCUGCCGCGGCACAAGAUCAACGCGUACCACAUUAAGAUGGAAGACGAAGGCGACGACAUCCGUUGCUUCAUUCUGACCACGCUGAGCGCCAACAAGAUGUCGCGCAUCCCGUGCAUCGUGUGCCAGACGGCGAUGAGCGUGUUCGACCGCUACCCGCUGGUUGACGGAACGCUGUUCCUCUCGCCGCGCCAGCACAACCCGGGCUCGGUGCUGGUGCGCGUCGACGAGCGGCCCCAGUACCUGAACGCCGUCUGCAUGACCUGCCUGGAAGGCUGGCAGGUGCGGCUCGCUUGUCGCGGCUGCGGCGCGCGCUGGAGCGGCCGCCACCUCAUACUGGGCACCAUGUACGCGUACGACAUAUUCGCCGCCACGCCGUGCUGCGACGAGCGGCGGCGCUGCGUCAGCUGCCGAGAGCCCGUCAUCAGCGCCGACCGGUCGCUGCCGUACUUCAGCGACUACAGCCACAGCAUCUGCUGUGCGCACUGCGGCGCCAGGGACUACCACUUCGUCAAGUCGCUCGGCACUUACGCCAGGACCUGCGACGAGGACGCGAGGUUCCUGGCCGUGGAUCCUGUGCGACCGGCGUCGGACCACGACUUGUUCGUCUGACGGACGACAUGGCUGCGCCGGCGGUUCCAAGCGGGGCGCAUCGCCAAUCCCGGGGAAUAGCUCGACCAACGCGUUCAACAACGCACUGGCGAGCAGGAAGCCGCGUUCCGAUGCGCAGCAGACGACGCCCGCCGUUCUCGGACGCUUCCCCAGAUGGCUCUGCCAGUUCCGGCGGAGGAUUCGACGCCGUUCGAUUUUCCUCGAUUGCUGACCGUCGCCGUUGCGGACAGCGUUGCAGUUGGCUCAAGGAUGGGCAACGCACUUUGUGUUGAUGCAUGCAUAUUGCGUGUCUCUUGCGGCCGAUGCACGCGGGCGCUCUCUGGCUCUCGAGCUGUCGGCUGAACUGGCCAGCGCUGCAGCUACGCCUUGUAAAUAUACUUUGUAAAUAGUC